AUGACGAAACUACCGGAACACUAUCUGAGCAAGAUGGCGCUGUCAAGCAACACUGCUGACCGCGGCACCCAGCUCUUCAUCGUCAUGAUGGUAGUGUUGGGCCUGGCAUGGAUAUUGGUUUUGCUUCGAGCCUAUGUCAGAGUCAUCAUGAUCAAGAAUGUUGCCGCAGACGACUGGUGGAUGCUAGCUAGUAUUCUUGCGUACACGGGUUACUCGGUCGUUGCCAUGUGGGGGAUCAUUGACGGCGGCACGGGCAAGCACAUCACCAAUCUCAGCCUGGAAGAGACAUUGAUCGGUCUCAAGGCCUGGUACAUCUGCGAAGUAAUAUACGCUCCCAUCUCAGCCAUGGUCAGGACCUCGGUCGCGCUGUUCCUUCUCCGAGUCGCCACUGAGCCCGUCCACAAGUGGGUCAUAUAUGGGAACCUUGCCAUCGUCUAUGUUAUCUCGGUUGUGUUCACAUUCAUCGCCAUCUUCCAGUGCAAUCCUCCCUCCUAUUUCUACGAGCAGGUCUUGGGAAAGCCCGGUGGGUGCAUGAACAUUAAUGUUCUACCUAAUGCGGUCAUCGCCCAUAGCGUGAUCGGAGCGGUGACUGAUCUGGUCUUCGCUGCUCUCCCCGUGGCGAUGCUAUGGGACGUCCAGCUCAACAAGAGGACGAAGGUCGUGGUUGCUUUAUUGUUGGGCAUGGGAGCUGUCGCUGGAAUUGCUCUAGUCGUGAGAAUCCCCUUCGUGAAGAGGCUAGCGAUCACUCCCGACUUCUUGUUCGAGACAGUAGACGUAGCCAUCUGGUCUGUCAUGGAACCGUCGCUUGGAAUCAUCGCCGGUUGUGUGGCAACUUUGCGGCCAUUGUUCAAGACCAUGGGCUUCGGCAAGCCAACAACACAAAGAUAUGGCUAUGGCUCCUCUCGUUACGGACCCUCGGCGAGCACCGACCGAUGCACCUGGGGCUUUGCUCGGAACACGAUGCAGAAACUAAGCGAUGGCCCGUUCUCCCCUAGCACCAUUGACUCAUCACGCCUUGAGUCCGGGCCCGGCGCCACCUCGACAUCAAACAACGACGAAUCCGACAUGGACUUUGAGAUGCAACCACAAGAACCUGGGCCUGUCCUGACGCAGUACCCCGGGAAAGGAGUCGUGUCGACAAGGAUUGCUAGCACACCUUGGGAGGACUUCGCCGGGCACGGGAGUGGCAUUAAUGUACACACGUCUGUCAACAUCUCGAGUCAGACGAGGACGCACGAUUCCCUCCCAAACCAACAGAGCUCGAUUUCAUCUUCGACAACGACGCUGCCAAUACAAGGCUCAUAA